AUGAAAAAUCUUGAUAUAUUUCGUGAUGCUGAAUUACGUUUUAUUUAUCGUCAUCAUCGUCAUAUUUUACUUGUUCAAUGUUUUCAAGAAAAAUUUGAAAUGGUUAAAGGUCGAAUACAAAAAAUGCGCAGUCAACUUUUAACUACUCUUUUACCUGUUAAAUCACCUAUACUCAGUCGAUAUUAUUCGAGAUCAAAUGAAAUUCAACGUAUUGCUGCGGCAUCAACAUGUACUAUCACUGCCGAACAACGUAUUGAUCAUAAUCGACCAAAUGAUUAUUUAAUCAAUUUGAAAAUAAUCGGUCGAUCACCUGAUAAAAUAGAUACAGCACAAAGAUUAAUAAAAGAAUUUGAAGAACAAAAAUAUUCUACACGAAAAAUACAUAAUAAUGAUAUUAAUUUAUUCACUGAACAAGAUAUUGAACUAUUUCAAAAUGAAUGUAAUACAUGUAAUGUUUCAUGUACAAUUGAUCAAACACAUAAUUCAAUUGAAUUAGAAGGUCUUUCAGGAGAUUUUAUUCAAAUUGAAAAAAUGAUUUAUGAUUUAUGUUUAAUUGUUGCACGACGAGCACUUGAUGAUAUACAAUAUUCAAUUCAAUGGAUAUAUUAUGAUAUAUCAACAAAUAAACCUAUUAUGUAUGAUAAAAUAAUUCAACAACAAUUAGAAAAUUGUUAUACAAAAAAACAAAAAGGAUUAAUUAAUUUGAAAGAUCAACUAGGAUAUAAUCAUAUAUUUAAUUUCGAUAAAAUGAUUGAAAUUACACAAGGAAAAAAUCUAAAUAGUUCACCGAUAACUAUUAACAUUGAACGACGUGAUUUCAAAAAUCCUCAAUCUAUACAACUUCCAACGCAUUGGACACCAAUGACAAAACCAUGGGAUCGUGUAUUACUUGGCAGACGAGAUAAUAUAAAUGAAUGGAAAGUUAAUACUGAAAUUCAAAGAUUACUUCAAUUACCCGAAAUGUUAUCUGAAUCAUGGAUUAUUGAAAUUCAUCGUAUACAAAAUCCACGUUUGUUUCAACAAUAUGUUGCUUAUAAAGAAAAAUUAGCUGCACGAUCUCAAGAUACUGAACGUAUUCUUUAUCGUUUGGCACAAGUUGAUCUUAUUGAUGAUAUGUGUGCUAAUGGAUUCAAUGAAUCACAUAAUGAUUCAGCUUUUUCAGCUUAUGGUCAUGGUUGUCAUUAUUAUUGUAAAGCAAAAGAAAUAAAUCGAACAGCAACAUUAUUAGCUCAAAGUCAUCAAACAAUACCAAUUCGAUUACAACAACAACAAACACCAUCGAAAUCACCAAGACGUUAUUUAUUUGUAUGUAAAGUAUUAGUUGGUCGAUAUACACGUGGUGAUCCAUCAAUGAAAACAUGUCCACCUGGUUAUGAUUCCUUAGUUGAUAAUAUUUUAUCACCAGAAGUUUUUGUACCUUCUCAUGAUACACAAGUUUUACCCGAAUAUUUAAUUGCUUACCAAAGUGAUAUUUUCUAA